AUGGUUAAGCCAGAUGGUGUGCAGAGAGGCUUGGUGGGUUCAAUAAUAAAGCGUUUUGAAAGAAAAGGAUAUAAAAUGAUAGCAAUAAAAAUGUUAAAUCCAUCUAAAGAAAUUUUAAAAGAACAUUAUAAAGAUCUAUGUGAAAAAUCAUUUUUUAGUUCUUUAAUAGAAUAUGUUGGUAAAGGACCUGUAGUUGCAAUGGUAUGGGAAGGAGUAGAUAUAGUAAACCAGGGAAGAAAAUUAAUUGGUGAAACUAAUCCAUUAAAUAGCAAUGUAGGUACUAUUAGAGGAGAUUUUUGCUUAGAAGUAGGAAAAAAUGUAAUUCAUGGUAGUGAUUCAGUUGCAUCAGCUAAUAGAGAAAUUAAUAUUUGGUUUAAACCGGAAGAACUAGUACAAUGGAAUUAUCAUUUAAAGGAAUGGAUAUGUGAAUAA